AAAGCCACAUGACGCUACACUUGUGUCUUCCACGGCAGUACCGGCAGCAGCAGACAAAAAGACGCCCUGACAACAACAAAACACCACAGUCUCCACGUUACGCCCCCGUCACCAGCUGCAGGAGUGACGCUGUGAUACGAACAGAAUGUGUCUCGCCGCGCCCAUCUGCCCGGGCUACAGAGAAGUGUAGCAGCCUUCAUCCUCCACAGAAACAUUCCAAGACUGAAUCUACCCAAGUUUGAAUCAUUCCCAGCAUUCCAAGUCUAUUGAGAAGGUCUUGCUGAUUUUUUCUCAGACUCCCACAAGGUAAAGUUGAAGGUGACGUUGUCUUCGUGCGUGGCCACCGCGGCUCCUGCUUGAAUGAAAGUACUCAGCUGGGCCGUGGCCGUCCUUGAAUGGACUCGUAAACAGAUGUCGUUGGUGAGAGUUGUCAUUCAGGGAACAGCAUGACUGGCUGAGUGAGAGCGUCAUCAGCACAGUGAGGGUGCCAGUGAGUGGCUCAGCCUUGAGAGAGACGCUCUCUAGUGAAGCGUAGUGCACGUCGUGGUGCUCGUGAGGCGUUGGCAGGAGGAGGAAAAGCACGAUUUGACAUCUCUUAAGUUGGGCGUGAUUAGGGCGGCCCAUGAGCUUGUGGGCGGCAUGAGCUGGGUGGGUGUCCCGCCCAGGGGUCGCGGCUGCCGUCAGCAGCGGGGACCAUGAACACGGGGCCGGGCUGCCGUGCCCCGCUGUCUCCGCCCGGGGCCCGCACCGUCUGGCUCUGGGUCUGGCUCUGGGCCCUUGCCUUCACCCACCUUGGGGCCCUCGCUGAUUGUCCGAAAGUGUGUGAGUGCAAGUGGCGUGACGGCAAGGAGGUGGUGACGUGCCGCGACGCGCAUUUCAUCGAUAUUCCGCGGGGCCUCGACCCUUCCACCCAGGUGCUGGAUCUGCGCCACAACAAUCUCAAAAUCCUUCCUCGAGACUCCUUUGUGUACACGGGCCUCGUCAACCUACAGAAGGUGUGGCUUAACUUUUGCAAUUUGAUCAAGCUAGAGGAAGGCGCCUUCAGGAUGCUCAACAAUGUGGUAGAGUUGGACCUCAGCAACAAUUACCUGCAGGGCGUUCCGUCAGACGCGUUGGCAGACCUCCCUGGGCUGCGGGUUCUGCGGAUGGCCCACAACGGUCUCACCGUCCUCCCCGCCUCCGCCUUCCUGCCCGUCCCUGACCUGGUGCAGCUUGACCUCAGUCACAAUACCAUCUCGGAAAUCGAGAGCGGUGCACUCAGGUCCCUCGCCAGUCUCGGGGUGCUCAACCUUUCCGGCAACAAGCUGGCGUCACUGGACGCCGACGAGUUGAAGGCUUUAGUGUCGCUACGUGUAGCUCACAUGGACGGCAAUCCGUGGCGCUGCGAUUGUCACCUGAGACCUCUGAGCAAGUGGAUGCAGGCAAGGAAUUUGGCUGCAACAAUUCCUCCAGUGUGUUCUUUUCCGCGCUGGUUGUCAGGUAACAACUGGCAGCUUCUUGAUGAAGAUGAAUUCGUGUGCGCUCCGGUAGUAACGGCCGUGGCUCCCCGAGUGUUGGCAGCUGAGGGCGAAAACGUGUCGUUGGCGUGCCGUGUGGAGUCCGAAGUAGAAACGACCAUCACGUGGCUGGUUGGAGACGCCCCGCUGCAGAACGCAACAGAGGCGCAGCGGUAUAUGGUGGUGGAGGUGUUCGGUCCCCAGCAUCCAGUGUAUGUCUCAAACCUCACCAUCUCAGACGUAGCCCCUUUUGACCAGGGGACGUACAGGUGUUUGGCAGAAAACCGAGCUGGAAGGGGUGAGGUCAAUUUAACGCUACAAGUGUCACACGAGGUGGCGGAGGUCCGUGUGGCCACAGUGGACGACUCCUAUUACAUGAAGGGCGGCGUCGUCGGGGGCAUUUCCAUCUUCGCAGUAGUGUUGUUGGCAUCCUGCCUUCUUAUCUAUUGUAAGGUCCGAAGUACUCGGCGGCCGCGCCAGGAAGAUGACAAAUUGGUCACUCCACAGACCUCGAGGGGGUCUGACGGGGGUGAGCACCAUACACUGACUGGCUACCAGGUUGUCCCCACCAGCGACAUGGAGGAGCAGUCUUCCUCUCGUAGGUCUCAACAAAUACAGCCGCCUUGGAUGUUAAGGGAGGCCUCUGCUCCUGGUAAAGCUUUGGAAGCAAGCGGAGCGGAAGGUCGGCGACAGGAAUCCGUGGACGUUCCUGUGACUCACCCAAUAGCUGCCCCGAGCACGGUCUCGUAUGUUGAAAUCCCCAAGUCUGGUGUCGGAACAGUGAGAACAACCCUCGAAGACCCAACUCGCUGGAAGGACCCGCUUGUCUACCACAGCAGAGACGUCUUGCUACACAGGCUGUGUGGCCGCUCGGCAUCUCAAGCUGCUACAGCAAGCACCAAUGGAGGACACUACCCCGACCUCCUCGAUCUGCCACCACAGCAACAAUUUCAGCAGCAGCAGGAGAUGCAGCAACACGCCACAUACCUACCGCUGCACACACCCAACCCGUCCUACUGUACCCUACCUAGAACGCGAACGCGCGGUCAAGGCGACGCCCCGACCAGAGCGGAAGAGGAGGAAGCGGCGACGGUGGCGGUGAAUGCGGCGGCGCCAGCGGCGACGGUGACAGGCAAGGCGGGUCACCACCACCACCAUCACCACCACCACCUCCAGUACCAGCCGCAACUGCCGCCACCACUGCCUCACCACCUGCACGAGACCGCCAGCUACAGGUCCUCUAGCGCCCUCAAUCUAGCGCUGAGCGAAGCUGCCUGUCACGCCUACGCCCACAUCCCGCCCCACGCCCUGCCCCAGUGUCCUCCCGCCACCCACCACACCGGCCACCACCCGCAACGCCAGGCAGGACCUCAUAUUGGCGCACAGGAGUCACUGUGCAGCGGUCAGCGGGGAGGGGGGCUGCGCGCCGGACCCUUACCGCUUCGAGUACCACGCGGCGCAGCUCGAGAAGUUCCUGAGGGAAUACCGGUGUCUUCAGGAGCAGCUAAUUCACAUGAAGCAGUCUUACGAGGCCCAGCAGCUCCGGGGGUCGGCGCCAAGACUCGACUGUUGUUCUGAGAGUCCAGGCACCGUUGCAGCACCACAAGGCAUCACAGUCACGCAGCACGGCACAGUCUCCCAGCCUCACCCCGCAGCCUCCCCUCCACUCGGCACCUCCCAGUCGCCCCACGCCUCCACCCCACAGUCUAAUGUCACCGCUUCACCGCCGCACGCCGCCUCCUCACCACCCCUCUCUGUUUCCCUGCCUCCCUGCUCGGCACCUUUAUCUUACGUCACAGCGCCCUCCCCGCACGUCACCGCACCUCUGUACAUCAUUACUUCUCCUCCCAUCAUCACUGCCCCUCCACCGUCUCUAGAGGAUUUACCGCCUCCAUUAGACGUCAUCCCGCCUCCCUGUGAGCUCCUGCCACCGCCCUGUGAAAUUCUGCCACCCCCUGUUACCUCGUCAGUCUCUCGCAACUCUAAAUCCCCGCCUCCUGCACGGCCCACCACCACUAGCACUCCCCCUCCCACCUCCUCCUCAUCGUCCUUAUCCUCGUCCUCAUCCUCCAGAGGUCCCAGCAAGAGUUCCAAGUCUCACAGUAGCGGCCACCACUCCUUCAGCGACUCCCCAGGGCCCGCCGCCGGCAGACACCCACCCUCGGGAGGUUCCGCAGCUGAGCCUCUAAAAUCCAUCCUGAAAAAGCCAUCUGAGACAGCCAAACAUCAUCAGCAGCAGCAACAGCAACAGCAGCAACAAAAACACAAGCAGAAUACAAGUGCCUCAACCGCCGCCCCUGCCCGCCAGUAGCACCAUCACCACCACGUCCUCCUCUUCCACCUCCUCUCCUUCUCCUCUUCCUCGCCCUCCAGCACCCAGCUGCAGUUCACACACACACGCACACAGCAGAACAAUAUAGGACAGGAAACUGUGGAUGCUUGCAUCUGUCAACCCAUCAGCAGCAGCAACGGUGUCAACAACAGCGCAGUACGCGGAGAGCUGUCAGCGAUCAUCAAACAGACAACGCAACGCACUCUCUCGGCUGAAAACACAAGCAUCUGAAGUUCCGAACCCGAGAGAGAAGCUUUGGACUGAGGGUGCCGGCUGGCACACAGCAGGAUGAGCUCACUCCCACUCAACCAAGAAGAUAAGUUCCCACUCCCAGUGACGGGUGCCUGCCACACUCCAAGGGAGAAAGAGAGCCACACACUUGAGCCGAUCUCACCAGGCGCCAACCAAUAGUUACAGAAUUCUUCAUACUGCUGAAUGGUCAGCUCCUGGUCCCUGGAGGCUGCGUGGCGCCUGCGGCGAGAGCCUGACUGACUAGUGGCCUCGAUGCAUAGCACUAUGAAUGAAUUCUGGCAGCUCAUACGCUCCUGGUCCAGCAACUGCUUCUUGAGGAGGGAGGAAGCAAGACCAACAAUUUCCUGUCCAUCACUGUUCCAGGCAUCACAAUAAGAUGACAGGGACCUCUCACCAUGAACAGUUGAACCAUGCCAUACAUAUUUUUGGGGCCUGUAACAAAGAAUAUUUUAUAUUCUCUGUGACUUUUGCUACUAGAGAAUGAAUGAAUGAAUGAUGAACAUCUUAUGAUAAUAGGAAGAUGAGCCACUUCAAAAUUGUAAUGGCAACAGCACAUUUUGGGACUUUUUAUCUUAUAUUUGUUUACUUUUAUAGCUUGUUCUCAUUAUUUUUAUCUUGUUACACUCAUCUCAUUUAUGAAAUUCAAUAACAGACAUCAGGAUGUGUAAUAUUUAUCCAACAGACAGACAAUGGAGAUGGAAUGAAGGAAUUUCACAGAUGUCACUUUCCCUGUCAAGUAAAAUUUUGUUUUUAAAAAUGUAUGGCAGAAAAUGCAGGAGAGCAGAUAUGUAUGAUCUCUGUUUAAUUGAUAUAUUUAUGGAUGGAUGUAAAUAAAGUCUUAAAAGAUGUUUGAGUUGCUAAUAUGUGAGUGGAAGGAGUUUAGAUUACAUUACUAUGUGUAUAAAAUGUGAGUGGAAGGAGUUUAGGUUACACAUUAUUAUUAUGUAUAUAAAAUGUAAGUUGUGUUAUUGAGAGGCUGUGUUGAGCAACUGGAGUUCACAAACAUACUGUGGCGAGAGAGAGAGAGAGAUAGGGGGGGGACAGAGCUGGUUUGCCAACUUACCACAGACCCACAGUAGUAAAUCAGCUACUAUAUUUUUUUUAAAUUAUAUUUUUUAUGAAUUGUCUGUGGUCUGUAGUGAGAGAGAGAGAGAGAAAGGGUGGGGGACACUAUGUUGAGGAACCAAACCAUCAUAGCUGCUUGCCAGCAGAGCUCUCUCUCUCUCUCUCUCUCUCUCUCUCUCUCUCUCUCUCUCUCUCUCUCUCUCUCUCUCUCUCCAGACCACAGACCCACAGUAUGUCACCCACAGUAUAUUUAUGAACCACAGUUGCUCACCACAGUUCCUCCCCUUAAGGGUAGUAACACACUCACCACAGACAUUCUCUCUCUCUCUCUCUCUCUCUCUCUCUCUCUCUCUCUCUCUCUCUCUCUCUCUCUCUCUCUCUCUCUCUCUCUCUCUCUCUCUCUCUCUCUCUCUCUCUCCAGACCACAGACCCACAGUAUGUCACCCACAGUAUAUUUAUGAACCACAGUUGCUCACCACAGUUCCUCACCCUUAAGGGUAGUAACACUCUCACCACAGACCAUGUGUGUGAAGGCUGUGGUGGGUAUUGUGACAUUUUAAUUAAAUCUGAUGGUUUAAAAUUAAUCUUACAAUGCUGGAUUCUAUCUACCUACCAUGUUGGAUCACUCAGAACCUCCUUGCCAUCGAAGCUGAAAAUGCGAGGUUUCUGUGCAAAGACUCCUCCUGAACCAGAGAAAGCUUCAUUCCAGGAAUUAAACAGCACUUCUCCCUGAAAAGGAUUAAAUUAAUAAUAUAAAAUUGUUCCCAGUGGGUUUAGUUUUUACCAUUGUUCAUAUACAUAUAUAUAUAUUACAUACGUAUAUAUAUUACAUGAAAGAAUGGUUGUUUGGUACUAUGCUGAUGUGAAAGUUUCUGUACUUUCUUGCUUGAUGAUAAACUAUAUACACAUA